AUGUCGUACUACUUCGCCAUCGUCGGCACGCAAGACAACCCCCUCUUCGAAUACGAGUUCGGCACCUCAAAGCAAGGCGGCGACGGCCAGUCGCGCUUCAACGAGCAGGUCCGCCACCUGAACCAGUUCAUCCUGCACAGCAGUCUGGAUAUCGUGGAGGAAGUACAGUGGGCGCAGGGGCAAAUGUACCUCAAAAUCGUAGACAAGUUCUUCAACAACUACGUCUCCUGCUUCGUCACGGCGGGCAACGUAAAGUUCCUCCUCCUGCACCAGCCCUCCGCGCCCUCCACCACGGCGUCCUCGCGCUCGUCGACGGCCAUCGGCGCCAACCCCACCAGCCCCGCGACCGAGGAGGCCAUCAAGAAUUUCUUUCAAGAGGUGUACGAGAACUGGGUCAAGGCCAUCAUGAGUCCGUUCUACAGGGUCAAUAUGGAAGUCAAGAGUCCUGUGUUUAGGUCACGAGUUGCGGCGGCGGGUAGGAAAUAUCUCUAG